AAAAGCUGCUGCCCUCUCUUCAGCCUCUCAUUCUCUCACUCUCCUCUUCCCUCUCUUUGGCAAAACAGUCGCUCUUCUUUCUCUUCUCAAAUUUUGGGAGGAGGAAGAAAAAGAGAGAGAAAAGUCCUGCUAUCAAAUAUCUCAAUAAGAAAGCAGUUUCAGCUUCUGGGUUUUCUCUCUGAAUCAAGAUCCCCUUUUGCCAACUGGGUUUGUUUUAUCUCUUGUAUUUUCCCUUCACCCUCCAGUGAACAGCUAGCAUCUCCUUGGAACCACAACUCAAGAUCAGAUUUUGACACUUGGGUUCUCUUCUUCCUUCAAUACCCCAUGGCUACCUACAUGCUCAAUGGAGCUGAGAGCCUCUCAAUCCUUAGCACGAAAUCCCCCAAGAAAUUGGGCUUUUUGGGCUCUUCUCUCGAUGGAAAAUCCCACCCCAAGAUGGGAUUUUCCCCCUUGAAAACUCAAAGAAGCAACAAAUCAAUUGUACCCAGAUGCAGCCUCUCCUCAUCAAGGCCAGCUUCUCAGCCCAGAUUCAUUCAGCACAAGCAAGAGGCUUUCUGGUUCUAUAGAUUUCUUUCUAUAGUCUAUGACCAUGUUAUAAACCCUGGGCAUUGGACUGAGGAUAUGAGGGAUGAAGCUUUGGAGCCUGCUGAGAUCUAUGAUGCAAGGAUGAAGGUUGUUGAUGUUGGAGGAGGAACUGGGUUCACAACUUUGGGGAUUAUUAAGCAUGUUUACCCUAAAAAUGUGACGAUUCUUGAUCAGUCUCCUCAUCAGCUUGAGAAAGCUAGGCAGAAGGAGGCACUGAAAGAGUGCACUAUCAUUGAGGGUGAUGCUGAGGAUCUCCCCUUUCCUACUGAUACUUUUGAUCGAUAUGUUUCUGCUGGAAGUAUUGAGUAUUGGCCUGAUCCACAACGAGGAAUCAAGGAAGCGUACCGUGUACUAAAACUUGGAGGAAUAGCUUGUGUGAUUGGUCCUGUAUAUCCAACAUUUUGGCUCUCUCGAUUCUUUGCUGAUAUGUGGAUGCUCUUCCCUAAGGAAGAAGAAUACAUUGAAUGGUUCAAAAAGGCUGGAUUUAAAGAUGUGAAACUGAAAAGAAUUGGCCCCAAAUGGUAUCGUGGUGUUCGUAGACAUGGUUUAAUUAUGGGUUGCUCUGUGACUGGUGUUAAAAGAGUAUCUGGGGAUUCUCCUCUUCAGAUGGGUCCAAAAGUUGAGGAUGUGAAGAAGCCUGUCAAUCCAUUUUCCUUCCUCUUGCGCUUCAUUUUGGGUACCAUGGCCGCAACCUACUAUGUCCUUGUGCCCAUUUACAUGUGGAUUAAGGAUCAGAUUUUCCCCAAGGGUAUGCCAAUAUGAAGAGGGCAAAGGCAAAGCAAAGAGAGAUGGCAUUUAUGUAUUUAUUCAGAACUAGUAGCUGCUUCUUUGUCUAGAAUUUUGUAUGAAAAUCUAUCAUGAUUCAACUGAUGGACAAAUUGUUAAAUGUUACUUAGUGAAUGCAUCCGCUCGCUUAUGGUGUUCUUUUGAAGUA